ACCGCUCCCUCCCGUUGGGGCUCUGCCUCCUCGCUUUGAUCCCAGGCGAUGCGAAAUCGAUCCCUCCGCCCCUCCACCGCGGGCUCUCAAACCACCGCAGACGCCCGCGCCACUGAUCUCGCCGUCCUCAUCGAAUCCAGGCCACUCUAAACCCUAAACCCUUGCCGCGAUGCAGCCGACCCCCGGCGCGACGCGGGCGCCGCUGCCGGCGGCGGUGGAGGCGGCGCUCGCGCAGCUCGAGCGCAGGCUGCGGCAGGCCGCGGAAGCCCCGGCGCGCCGCGGGCUCGCGGAGCUCGGCGAGGCCGCGGCGCUGCGGGUGCUGCGGAAGAUCGGCGCCUCCCAGCGGGAGGUCCGCACGCUCACGGGCUACAUCAACUACAUGGCCGCGAAAGAGGCGCUCGAGCGCAACGCGGACGGCGUCGACACCGCCGAGAGCGUCGCCUGCAAGCCCUCCGCGCCUUGCUCCGGAGAUGAAUCUGUAUACGGGCCGCAGUGCCUUAAUGAUGUCCAAAUGCAAGAAGUAGCUUAUCUAUCAAACAAUAGCAUGGAUGAGGCUGAGAGCCAGGCUCAUGAGGGUUCUCUGGCAAUGCUGCCAGUUGAAAACCCAUCCAAUUGGAUCUCUCUUGGGGGUUGGGACCACCGUGGUUUUGGAGGUGAUGCAAUUGUCCCAGCAAUCGCUUCUCCUGUAAACCACACACCAAUGCAGUUCCAGAGUCCUAUUAGAGCAAGGGCUCCUACUGCACCAAAUCAAACCCCUGCUUAUUGCAGCCCCAAUCAGGAGACGGUUCCUACAGGUCCAAGAAACGAUUCCGAAAAAAGAGUUCUGCAGGAUGUUUUAAGAUGUCUUAAGGGAGUUGGGCCAUUUGGACAUCCUCUGGGCCCAGAGAGGGCAGAAAUGCUACCAAAGCCGCCAUCGAAUCUUGUUGUGCGAGAUGCAUUGAUGGAAUCAGCAAACCGUCAAAUCACAGAAAAUCAGGCAGCAAGCCCUCGAAUGCGCGCGCUGGAGCAUUUGGAGUUCAGCAAGAGAUUUCUGAUACUGGGUUAUCUUUGUCAGAAUGACAUAAAUGAUGAAUAUGUACUGACCGUGAACUACAUUAAGUCGCUGAAGUCCCUGUCCAUGGCUCAGUUUGAGUCACAGAUUUGGAUUGACUUUGGAUUGAAGAAUUUUAGGGCGUCUAAUAGAGCAGACUCGGAAAGAGCAAAGAACCUUGAUUUGGAUCCAGGUAAGGCUACACUGUAUCAUUGUAAUUAUGAGAUAAGAGGGGAUUCUGUUGUACGAGUUUUCAAGGGUCCAUUUACAGAGAAUAAGAGGACUCAUCUACAGAAGAUUCUUGGUGAUGAUAAUGUUCUAGUAGUGAAAUUUAUGGCCAAUUCAUCUGAUAAAGACAAUGAUUUCAAUAUAUACCGUCAGCACUAUCAUAAGGUUGCCGAAGAUGGUAUUGUUUUGGGUUUGCGGCACUACCGUUUUUUUGUUUACAAGGAUGGAGGGAAAGAUAAGAAAAAGAAAGAUGCAGAAGAAGGGAAAAUCAAGAAUUUUAAUCCAUCUGUCAGGUGCUACUUUGUUUGCACUGAGUCGGGUUGGAUAGGGGAUGGGCCUUUUAUACUUUCCAACAAACCAAUCGAUCAGUUCCGCAAACUAUUCAUGCACAUCCAUACCGCUCCCAACUUGGAGAAGUUUGUGUCUAGGUUUGCUUUGAUAUUAUCGAAAACUGUUACACUGGAGGUUGAUCUAUCGGAAGUUCAUGUUAUAUUGAUUGAUGACGAACCUUGCCGGAAUGAACAUGGGAAUGUUGCAUAUAAUGAUGAUAGGGAGCGUUUGAUCCACACUGAUGGGACUGGCUUCAUAUCUGAAGAUUUGAUGAAGAAAUGCCCCGCAAUAAUUAUAAAAGGGAUGAAAUUACAAGAUUUUAUGCAUCGGGGAGACAAAUUGCCUCUUCUCAUACAGAUCCGUCUUUUUUAUAGUGGAUAUGCUGCAAAAGGAACUCUUCUAGUUGACAAAAGGCUUCCCCCCAAUACUAUUGUCAUCCGAUCAUCCAUGGUGAAGAUAAAUGCAGAUCCAAAAUUAUCCAGGAUGCAAUCUUUCAGUUCUUUGGAAAUAGUAUCCACAAGCCAUCGACCCAGAAGGGCAUAUACAUCAAGGUCCCUAAUUGCUCUACUUCAGCAUGGAGGAGUUAAGACAGAAUUUUUUAUGGAGCUUCUGCAGGAUGCAAUUGAAGUGGCUGAGAAUGCUUGCUAUGAUUUCAAAGCUGCACUAAAACUUGCAUCUGGUUAUGCUAAUAUGGAGGAUGCAAUGACGGAGCGAAUGAUUCAUUCUGGAAUUCCACUAGAAGAGCCAUACUUGCAAUCUCGACUGAUUUUCAUGGCUAACCUGGAAAGGAAAGGACUCAAAGAAGGAAAGCUACCAAUUGAUGACUGCUACUCUUUGAUGGGUACAACAGAUCCUACUGGAAAGCUGAAACCCACAGAAGUUUGUGUGAUACUUGACAAUGGACAAAUUUCCGGAGAUGUGCUUGUUUAUAAGUCACCUGGGCUACAUUUCGGUGAUGUACAUGUUUUAACUGCAACAAGAAUUAGUGGUCUUGAGGAUAUUGUCGGGUACUCCAAAUAUGCAAUACUUUUCCCUACUUCUGGCAAACGAUCUUUGGCUGAUGAGAUGGCCAAUAGUGAUUUUGAUGGCGACAUGUACUGGGUCUCAACAAACCUUAAGUUACUGAAGCAGUUCAAUAAAAGUGAGCCUUGGGUUCAACAAAUCAAACCCAAGAAGACCAAGCUAAAGGGACCCAUGGAUUUUAAUGAAUUCAAUAUUGAAAGAAUGCUCUUUGAUUUUUUCUUGAAAGCUACAUUUAAACCCAGUUAUACAGUUGGUACAUCCAAUGAUUGUUGGACGGCAUAUAUGGACCGGUUCUUAACAGAAGCAGUUGAUAAGGCUGAAAAGGAUUUACUGUUGCCCAAGAUUAUUAAGUUGGUUGACAUUUACUAUUUGGCUCUUGACGCUUCAAAAUCUGGGGACCAGUUAGAAGUUGACAGAGCUGACAGGGUCACAUUGUUCCCACACUUCAUGGAGCGGAAAGCGAAUAACGAGCGGAAAGGGAAAGACUCCUACCAUUCAAUAUCUAUUUGGGGCAUACUCUAUGAUGCAGCAGAUAAAGCAAUUAAACAACAUUCUGAGAAGGUUCAAGCAAUUCAGAUAUCGAUGCUUCCAUGCUUUGCUGAAAUGAAGGCGACUCCAGCCUGCACAGACUUAUGGAGAGCCCGCUAUGAAGAGUACCUGACAAAGAGCCGCCAAAUUAUUAAUCUGGAGAAGGAAGAAAAGAGCGUCAAGUUUCAAAUCCUCUACCAAAACUACAAAAAUUUGCUCUACGGCGCCGAGGAGUUCGAAGAGAGCCCGAAGGACCGCGGCGAGGUGUUCGCCGAGGCCUGCGUGAUCUACCGCAUCGUCUACGAGCGAGCGGCGUCCACCGGCAUCGGCAAGUGCGGGUUCGCGUGGACCGUCGCCGGUGCCGCGCUGUGCGAGCUCUACGCGCACACGUACGGGGGAAUAACCGUGCGCUGCCCGCUCCCUGUGCUCCGCAAGCUCUACAGGUAGGGUCCCCGCCGGCGGCAACUUACUAGUUGACCCGACGUACGGUCGGGUGACCACAAAUUGUGUACAAGGAACCUGUUUUAUGUAUGUUAAUAUAUGAACUACUGUAUGGGACAUAUGAUACUGGUAGCUGACGUUGCGAAACUGCUGUAAGUUUGUACCUACUUCGAGCGGGGAAUGCAUGCUGUACAUAUAGUAGUAUUUCGUUCGACUUCUGAAA